UAUUGUCCAAUAUGUAUAUACUAAACAGGAAAAAGAAUUGUCUUCAACUAUCUCUCUGCCAAAACUGUAUUGCUAAAAAACAUGGCCGAAGAACUGAACCAGUCUCUUGAAUAUACACCAACAUGGAUUGUUGCGGUUGUUUGCUCCAUCAUUGUUUUCAUCUCUCUGUGCGCUGAGCGUGCCCUUCACUACCUUGGAAAGUUCUUGAAGAAGAGAAGUCAGACAGCAUUAUAUGAAGCCUUAACAAAAUUGGAAGAAGAGUUGAUGCUUUUAGGUUUCAUUUCCCUUCUCUUAACCGUCUUUCAAGGUCUAAUAAGCGACAUUUGCAUCACACCUAAGCAUGCAACUCAAAUGCUUCCAUGCAAGAGGUCUGAUGAAGGUUUAGAGCAUGAGAUACACUAUGAUACUAUAAUCAACAAAAGAAGGCUUUUUUCUUCAGAUUCCGGUUCGCAGCAUUGUAGGCAAGAGGGGAAGGUACCACUGUUAUCACUGGAAGCAUUGCAUCAUCUUCACAUUUUCAUCUUUGUAUUGGCUGUUGUACAUGUAGUAUUCUGUGUGGUAACAAUGAUUCUUGGAGGUGUAAGGAUCCGUGAGUGGAAAAGCUGGGAAGAUCAUGCUCAGAGUAUGGCAAUAAGUUCAAGUGGUGAAACUCUUAGAGUAGAGGAAGCUGGGUUCUUCGAUAAAUAUGCUCAAGGGUAUUGGAGAAAAGCAGCUGUUGUUGGUUGGCUGAGAUCAUUCUUCAAACAAUUCUAUGGAUCUGUUACAAAGUACGACUACCUUGCGCUGCGGCAUGGAUUUAUCAAGGAACACUGCCCGAACAAGCCCAGUUUUGAUUUUCAUAGUUAUAUGAUAAGGACACUUGAAAUUGACUUCAAAAGAGUUGUAGGCAUAAGUUGGUACCUGUGGCUGUUUGUUGUGCUGUUUUUGCUGUUGAAUCUUGAAGGCUGGCACACUUAUUUCUGGUUAGCCUUUUUACCAUUGAUAAUUCUACUUCUUGUGGGGGCAAAGUUAGAGCAUAUAAUCACUCGUUUAGCCCAAGAGGCGGUAGCAAAUGUAGACCGGACUGAACGAGUGAAACCAUCCGAUGAAUACUUUUGGUUUGGCCGCCCCGCCAUUGUCCUACACUUACUUCACUUCACUUUGUUUCAAAACGCGUUUGAGAUCGCAUUUUUCUUCUGGAUUUGGUGCACAUAUGGAUUUGAUUCAUGCAUUAUGGAGAAAAUAGCCUACGUCAUCCCAAGACUUAUAAUGGGUGUAAUUGUUCAAGUGCUUUGCAGUUACAGCACCUUGCCCCUUUACACUAUUGUAACUCAGAUGGGUAGCAGUUACAAGAAGUUUGAUGAUAUGGGGGAAUCAUCUUCUUUGUUCCAUAGAAUGACCAAAGAAUCAAAUCAACAUCCUCAAAUUGGUGAACAAUCAAUUAUCAUGAUGGAAAAUCAUGCUAUAUCAUCUACAAUUGAGCUUUCACAUACUGUCUAAUCUCCUUUGGAGAGACCUAAUACAUUCAAUACUUUAUUCUUAUUCUUUGACAAAUAUUUUUUUAGCAUGAAUUCAUCAUUGUUUAUUAGUCCCUUGGCAUUAUUUAUUGGUCCUUUUAAAUUUAAAUAUCAUUAUAAUUAAA